AUGCCUAUCCCGACCGCAGAAUCCUACGAUAAAGAGCAGGAACGCAUCGCCCAAAACCAGGCCUCCAACACCUCGUCCUCCGAAACCAACGGCAACAAUGACCAGCUCGAUGUUUCUGGAUCCUCGGCCACGGGUGAUUCCGAGGGCGAUCGAGCUCUGAGUAGGGAGGAAGCGGACCGGUUAUAUGAAGAGCGCAUGGAGGAAGAAUAUGCGAAGAGGGACGGAGGCGCAUGA